GUGUCGAUGUUGCUGAUUUAGUCUGUGCGUGUGUGUCUGCUGUUAGUGUCCUAGUGAUGAUCUGUAGGCGCUAAUGUCGUCAGUACGUCCGGCAGCGGCUAGUGACUGAGUGAGUGGCUCGCGGUGUAGACGAAACCAGUCUGGUUAGUACGUACAGUUCGUGCCGUCUUCUUUGUUUAUUGAUUCGAAUAACGAACUCAUACGUGGUUGAUCCGUUGUUCGGAGCGUCUCGCUGUGAUCUGUCUGUGCGUGUGUAAAAAUAAUACGAUAGGCAACGAGUUGAUUGACAACAUAGAGCCUGUAUCGUCAAAGCGUUUCAAACGACUAUUCGUGAGCUGGUCUUGACCUAAACCAGCUGUUUCAACGGGGCUGACUCCUGGGCGUUAGCUUACUGAAAAUGCAAACGAGUUCUGGCCAGCGCCCCCGAAAUGGCGGGCGUACAUCAGAUCGUCCUCGAGGGUUUGGGGGAGGCGGAGUUAAUCGAGGUGAGGGCGGUGGCAGAGGUGAAAACGGCGGUAGGGAUGAAGUAACCUAUAGUAGAUUUGAAGGGACAAUUGGCCGAGGGUUCCGAAACGAAGGCGCCCAUUCCAGGGCGGGAGGUAGUGGAGGAUGCGGCGGUGAAAAAGGAGAUCGAAGGCGAUUAUCACCGUCUUCUAGACAACAGGGAGCUCCUGGAGAAGGCCGAGGGCCUCCUAGAAUGAAGACGUUGCCCAUUGUGGACACGGGCGGAGAGAAUACAACAUCCGCUGUAAACGAAUGCGUCGUUUGUUGCCGUGAAAUUUUGGUGUAUGCCGUCGGUUCCUGCGACCACAGCGUAUGCUACGUCUGUUCGACAAGGUUACGAGUUCUGUGUAAGACACAAGAAUGCCCAGUUUGUCGAGCCACCGUAGAAGAAGUCUAUUUUGUCAAGGAAAACACGCCAUUUGGAGAGCUGAAAGAAAAAACGUUUAACUUAAAACAAAAACAAUUUUCGAUUUUCUUCCAAGACGACGAGGUUCAGUUAAAAUAUGAAGAACUACUUCGGCAUAAAUGUAAGGAAUGUGAACGACGGGCACUGAUAGCGGCACGGAGUGGAGAACGACCAUCAGCGCUGGAGGUUUUUCCCACCUUUGACGACCUUACUGAUCACGUCCUCAAGGAACACCGGCGGCAUUUCUGCGCUCUUUGCGUUGAACAUCUCAACUUAUUCACUUUUGAGCGGCAGGCCUACUCUAAAAACGACCUACGCAGACAUAUGAUCGAGGGCGAUCUCGACGACAAAUCGCACAAAGGGCAUCCCCGGUGUGACUUCUGUAAGGAGCAUUUUCUCGACAAGGACGAGCUGUACCGGCACUUGAAAGUGGAACAUUUUACGUGCUUUAUAUGCAACGCUAGUAGUUCUAUUAGUCGCGUGUUCCAAUAUUACGCCUUUUAUGAUGACCUCCGGCAACAUUUUAAAAGGAGCCAUUACUUUUGUGAGCAAGGAGAGUGCGCCACCGCUCGCUUCGUUGCAUUCGCUAGCGAACUUGAACAUAAAGCUCAUUGCGCUACUGCUCACACGGACCACCUUAGUCGAGAAGAGCAGCGAGCUGCUAGGAGUAUGAAUUUAGAUUUUGGAACACUGCCGCAUGAUCGAGAGUUGAUUGGUGCCGACGGCCGAAGUGGUGGUCGAAGAGGACCCCGGGAAGGUGGACGAAGAGACGACAGGAGAAGACGAGAGGGAUCACCUAACGGGAAUGGUGUUCCGUAUCCUGGCCGAACAAUGACGGACGAGUGGGGUAGUGAAGUUCCUGUUAUGGAUAUGAGCUCAACGACAGAUUUCCCGUCGUUAGAAGGCGCACCGGCAAGCAUUAACCGACCUCUCGUACCAACACCACAGUACGGUCGUAAAAUGACUGUACUCCAAUCGGUGGAAGAGUUUCCUUCACUUGGACCUCCCACCGAAGCUGAGACACCACUUACUGUACCGAUCCGCCGAGCUACGCCGAAUUUCAAAAAUGCCAUCGGCGCUAUAAGUAAUAGCUCAUCGCUUACCAGUGUUCUAGCUAGCUCAUCCGCAAAUCGGCAGCCCAACCGAGCUGUCCACAGUGCAUCUCCAACUAUUCAGAAGACGUCCACGCCACUAGGUGGUAGCGGCACUUCACGGCAGCAUGGACGACCCGCUGUUCGUGUUGGAGGGGACCUUUUCCCGAGUCUUCCAGAACCCGUCCCUAAUAACACGUUCGGCAACGUCCUUAAACCACUACCAACGAAAAAGACGAACAGCGGUCGGCCACAGGCCAUGCCACAAUCGGGGAAAAAUGAAAACGGUUUGGCCUUGGCCGGUAGGCUGACGGGUGUUAAUACGGGCUGGGCUGCUGUGGCUGCCGGCGGCGUUACAAUUAGUCAGAAAUUAAAUAGCAGCGACAAUAGUGGCAACGAAAAUAAUAAGAAAAAUAGGAAGAAAGGGGAUUCGACGAAGUCAGGUGCAUCGUCCGAGAUGAACGGAAAUGCAAAUCAAUCCACGAGUGUACAGCAGCAUCUGGUGGAUCUGAGGACGAUUUUACCUUCAUUUUCGGAAAUAGAGAACAACAAUCAGAAAUCUGUGAAAACCAACAAUCGACAAACCGAGCCAGAGCGAAAACAGGAAUUAACGCCGCAGAAACGGGAAUUGAAGGGCGGUGAAAACUUAGAUGGGUUUGAUUUAAAUGUUUGUGGAGCAUCUUGGGGGUCAACAGCGAUUACUAAUAAGCAAUCUGAGGCUGAAAAGGCGCCAAGACCACCGACACAGCCACGAGGUCUUAGAAAAGAUGAAGAUUUUCCAACGCUUGGACCCGCACAAGCAAAAGACGCAACGACAACGGGCAUUCGAUACAUGAAACCCAAAUACAAAGGACUUAAGCCGGGAGAAGCCGUUGCGGAUAUGAAGAGACUGGAAGGUGCCUUUAUCCAACCGCCAUUUUACUCUAAACGAAAUACUGAGUUCAUGGGUAUGCUGAAACUCCUGCUAGAUGGCAAUCCAGAGCAGGUAUUCGAAUAUCGAAUCUUACUAGGUAAUUUUCGAAGUGACGUCAUAACUGCGGAGGAAUUCGUUCAACAUUGUCUAGAAUUAUUCCCCGAUCCAGCGGAGUUUGUAAAGAUCUUUCCGGAUCUCGUAUGUCUCCUGCCGAACAUUAAUAAACAGAACCAGCUCGUGCCAAUUUAUGACCAGCUGCGAAUACGCUUCGGAGGACCGUGCGGGAGCAGCAAAAAGGGAGAUAAAUCACCUGAACCAUGGGUUCGAUGCUCCGAGUGUGGACAGAUAACAACACCCGAGGAUAUUCAGCCACAUUUACGAGCACACUGACAACCUUAUGAGCAACAACGGAAACAAACGUGACAAUGUAUUUUUCAAUUUAACAAAAUCGCUUUAUCAAUUCAGCGACGGGGGUAACUGGACAUGAUAGUCCUAUCAACCGAGUUCUUGCCAGCGAACUUUCGGCAGAGCAUUUUUAUUGCAUAAGAAGUAACUGUCAAUGUUUAGAAUCUGUAUAACGCUGUGACUUCGAUCUAUCUGCACUUGAUCUGAUUCAUUAGUGAGAAAACCGAACAGAAGGAUUGCCUCGGUGAUAUCUUUAUGCAGCAUUAAAUUGCGGUAGGUUACGGCUGUUGCUUUCCGUUGACAUGACUAAAAUCAUUUUUAGUGCUUGCAGAUUCUGCGACCCUGCCUUGUUAUCUUAAUAUUCAAAUGGGAAUUGACAUUAAAUGUUAGAUGUCGAACGUGGGGUUGGCGGGGGGGGGAGAUAUGAGUACUUGCGCGCGUUCCAAUUGCGUUUAGAAAUUUUUUUCAGCCGUGGUAAAUACAGCACAACAAGCCCUGUCAAUGACGACGUGGUAGUGAGUGGUAAAAGGUACUUUUAAGUGUUCUAAUUCUGUAAAUCAUGAAACUGACUACCUAGGUGUGCUUGAAACGUUUAUUGAUCGAUGGUGUCAAGUGUACGGUGUAUUAUAUACCUACACAUCUUCAGUGAGCGAGCAUAUGCACGUGGAAAGGUAUUUUCGAGUUGCAAUGACUUGACUACCUGUAUCUGCAAGCGAAAUGAGGUAGCCGAUUAUUUUUUGAACACAAAAUGUUUUUUAUAUAAACAUAUAUAUACAUAGUAUAUAUAUAUUUUUUUUAUAACAUAUAUGAGGUCGUAAUUUCACGAUUUGGUACGACCCGGUGGUACGAUAAAGAACGCAUUGAUCCGAAUUAUUUGAGCUCCAGCUGUAGAUUUUUUGACAAUUCGAUGCAUAGCCAAAUCGAACUGAUUAAGUUAACUAGAAUAAAAUGUUGUACGGCGGCUUGGCCCAUAGUGUUA